AUGUUUCUGGUAAUAGGAGCGUUGUUUGCGCCGAUAAAUCGUGGUUUUUCUACCGGUUAUACAUCUCCGAGCGUUACGAAAUUUGUUAACAACGGUAUUUUGAAUGUGGCAACGGGCGACGUAUCGUUGUAUGGCAAUUUGGUUUUCUUUGGUGGGAUGGUUGGAUGUUUAAUUGCAGGACCAGCGAUGGACAAGUGGGGAAGGAAGGAUGUUUUGUUUGGAUGUGCAAUCCCUCAAGCACUUGGCUGGCUGCUAAUCGUAAUAUUCGGCGAUUACUGGCUAGCCGUUAUAACGAGUAGGUUCUUCACUGGCGUCGGCAGUGCGAUGGUGUAUUCAGCCUACGGAACCUACAUUGCAGAAACAGUGGACAGUAGACGCCGUGGUAUGAUGUGUGGCGUCUGCGAGCUGUGCAUAUCUAUGGGCACCACGGCCGCAUACUUUCUCGGAAUCUACUUGAACAACAGAUAUUUGGCUUUGGUAGGGGCCGCAUUGACUCUGGCUCUCAUGCUCGGAAUGUUUUCUCAGAAUGAAACACCACGUUGGCUGGUUGGAAAGGGCUAUCUGAAAGAAGCUUUCAGAGUUUUGAACUUAUUAAGAGAAGGACAAUCAGAAAGUGACCCAUUGGAACGGGUGACAUCAACGAAACAAUGCAACGUCUACGUACAUGCGAGCAUCCUCUUUAAAAAGUUGAAACGUGUUCAGCGUCAACUGAUCAUCUGCCUGCCUAUGAUGCUCCUGCAGGGUUUGUGCGGUCAGACAGCAGUCAGUGCUUUCAUGAAGUCCAUCUUCAAAUUUUCGAACAUGGACGACAGAUCGGCAGAGUAUGCUUCAGUUUAUGUCGGCUGUUUGAGAAUCGUAACAACUGUCAUUGCCAGUUUGACUGUUGACAGAUUGGGACGAAGGCUGUUGUUGAUUGUUGGAGGGACUGGUCAGGCCGUCAGUUUGAUUGCCAUGGGAUGGGCCUUUCAUAUCGCAAAAAUGAACAGCAGUGCAUUUCUGCUCUUUGCUGGAAUUUGUUGCUACCUGGCCUGCUACAGUUUUGGAUGGGGCACCGUUCCAUCGAUCAUAUUAUCGGAGAUGUACCCUCAGACGAUAAGAGCCGUAGCAUCGAGUGCUUCGACAUUCAUCGGAUUACUAGCCGGUUCACUAACGAUAUUAUUUUUCCAUCCUCUUGUCACUGCUCUUGGCGAGUCAGGCGCAUUCUAUUUAUUUGCAGUCGAUUGCCUAGCAGGAGCCCUCUACUCCUAUUUCAUCCUUCCUGAAACAAAAUCGAAGAGUCUGGAAAGUGUCGAAGAAUCAAUUUCGAACAGAACCGACGAACCGACCGAUACCUCAGCUAAGGAACUGGCUGUCAAAUAUUCUCUCAUCGGUGAUACGGAAAAAGAGAGCGUAGAGUUAUUAGCUUACAGCGAUGCAAGGGAUAGAAAAUGCUAUGAAACUCUACCGUAA